GCGUGUUCUGCGGCAGCAUGGUGCAUCGAAACUGUCGUCCGGAAGGGGGCCUACAUAGUGACCACCCCGAUCAUAUUAGGAGGCACUUUUCUUCGCGACCCUAUUUCUUCCUUCACAGCCGAGGCAAUCGCUCUGGACGAAGCUGUCCAAGCAGUGAUGGCCAUCAUUACUGCCAUUUCCAACCGGCCGUCAUCACUGUGACUCAGGCCUAGAGAAAGAAAGAAAGACCCGAGGACACGCCCAUCGUAGGCCACGAGCAGCGCGUCGUCGGCGUACAGGGCGUCGUUGGUGACGAUGUGCGGCUUGCCUGUGAAGUGGAAGAGAUUCGGCAAAGGACCUGAGGAAGGCGUGCGGAUGCCGACGACGGUGAAGCACGUCAAAAAGCUUAAGGCGAUGAGAAAGGCCCAGCAGGAGCGGAACCGGGAGAAGCGCGGCGACAACCGCGAGGCGCGCGACGGUGGCGAAGGCGGUGCGAAGGCCUCCAGUCCGAGCGCCGCUGCGGGCGAAGACCCGCCCAGGGGCGGCGCUGCUACCCCGGCGAGUGCAUCCGGCGAGCAGGCGCCGCAGAAGCCUGCGGCUCCGGCUGAUCUCAUGGACUUGGUUGGGGGCGACGACGUCGAUGCCCCGAUCGCCACUCGGAGGACGCCCGCCGCCGCGCAGCCGUGAGCCCCAAUAUGGGCCCGACCACCCUCCUCCCCCUCUUCCGCCUCGACCUCCUCGGAGAGGGCGUUGUGCCACCGUCCUGGAGCGACGAGCAG